GUUUGGAAGAAACGUCGAAGAAUCUUGUACUCUUUCAUUUGCUUUGGCCUAAGUUGUGUACGAUGGCCAAUCCUCGAAAUAAAAUUUUAAAUCUUUACCGAAAUUUAAUACGAGAAAGUAAAAAAUGGAAUGCAUAUAACUUUAGGAUGUAUGCACUUCGUAAAGUAAGAUAUGAAUUCCAACAAAACAAAACAUUACAAGAUAAAAGAGAAAUCGAGCAAUGUUUCCAAAAAGGUCAAGAGGCAUUAGAAAUAAUUAAACGACAAGUAAUAAUAGGACACUUAUAUGGUACAAGACCAUUAAUAAUUGAAACAAAGACUGCACCUAAAAAUAAACUUAAUAGUAAAUUUGUAUAAUAUAAUACGUUUAAAAGUACAUUAAGUUUGUAUACGCUGUAAAAACUUUUUGUGUUGUAUAUGUUAUAUAAAUAUUUUAUGUUGCAAAUGAUUAUAAUACCAUCAUAUUUAAAAAAAAAAAAAUAUA